AUGUUGCGGCAAAGACUGAGCGAAAAGUUUUACGAAACGACGCCGCGACAGUCAUACAGACCUAACCUCAGGGCGGAAAAGCCCGUCUUGAGCGAGUGGAAAUUGUCACUAGUGGGGCUAGUGCUGUCUUUGGGUGUCAUUCUGGCGAAAAUCUACUUCGCCCACCAUGAUGAGGUUAAGAAGUUUUUUGUCGAGCGUCGUUUGUUUACGUUUGAAACUGUCAACGAAGAUGGUAACGUGAUGUAUCACCACGUUUGGAGAAAUGUCGUAAAAUUUAGUGGUGUUUGGUUACCGGCCGUUUGUGGCGUUCUUACGACUUAUUUCACGUGGUUGAUGGUUUAUCUGGAUUCGGAUGUGCCGGGGGUGCAGCCACCAAGUCCCCUUUCGCCCAAUAAAUACAAGGCACGCUCGGGGCACUCUCUCCAUCUGAAUUACGUUUUUGCACUCAUUAUGGGAAUCUCAGUCGCUUUUUACAUGUAUUGGAGGAACAUUAACAUCGAAUUUUCCUAAUUACUUAAUUAGUUUAAGUGGAAGAAAAAGUAUUUAUAUUUAUUUUUAGUAUUAGGAGUGAAACUAUUUUUGUUUUAUAUUAUACAACGUUUGUUAUUUAUGAUUAACAACACCGUGAGUGGCAAUAAAUUUCUUGAAUAACAA